AUGUGCUCCAGCCUCUGGUUCCUGACGGACCGGAGGAUCCGCGAGGACUACCCGCAGGUGCAGAUCCUGCGCGCCCUCCGGCAGCGCUGCUCCGAGCAGGACGUGCGCUUCAGGGCCGUGCUCAUGGACCAGAUCGCCGUCACUGUCGUCGGCGGCCACCUCGGCCUGCAGGUGAACCAGAAGGCUCUGACGACAUUCCCAGAUGUGGUGCUCGUGCGGGUGCCCACGCCUUCAGUGCAGUCGGACAGUGACAUCACUGUCUUGAGACACUUGGAGAAGUUAGGGUGCCGCUUGGUCAACCGCCCCCAGAGCAUCUUGAACUGCAUCAACAAGUUUUGGACAUUCCAAGAGCUGGCUGGACAUGGGGUCCCCAUGCCUGACACGUUUUCCUAUGGUGGUCAUGAAGACUUUGCCAAGAUGAUUGAUGAAGCUGAGCCUCUGGGGUACCCUGUGGUGGUGAAGAGUACUCGAGGACAUCGAGGAAAAGCAGUUUUCCUCGCAAGAGAUAAACACCAUUUAUCAGACAUCUGCCACCUGGUCCGUCAUGACGUGCCCUACCUGUUCCAGAAAUACGUGAAGGAGUCUCACGGAAAGGAUAUCCGCGUGGUGGUGGUGGGUGGCCACGUCAUUGGCUCCAUGCUUCGCUGCUCCACGGAUGGGAGGAUGCAGAGCAACUGUUCCUUAGGUGGCGUGGGUGUCAUGUGUCCACUCACUGAGCAAGGCAAACAGCUGGCCAUUCAAGUGUCCAACAUCUUGGGCAUGGAUUUCUGUGGCAUCGACCUCCUCAUCAUGGAUGAUGGCUCCUUUGUGGUGUGUGAGGCAAAUGCCAACGUGGGCUUUGUUGCAUUUGACCAGGCGUGCAACCUGGAUGUGGGCGGGAUCAUCGCUGAUUACACUAUGUCCCUGCUCCCCAGCAGGCUGACCUCGAAGAUGGCCCUUCUCCCAGGAGUGUCCAGCACUGGUGAGAAGAGCGAGCCUGAAGCAUGUGCUUCUGCCCAGGCCGGCCCAGAAAACAUUUACAUCACCAACGGCGGCUCUACAUCCAGUGAGAGUGAACCAGAGCUGGGAGAAAUCAGGGAUUCUUUGGCAAACACGGCCAGGGCCCAACCCCCUUCACUGCCAGGCCCCAGCUACAAUAUUAACAACAUGAUUGCCUCUGAAUUAAAACUUAAAUGAAUUCAGCUUUUGAAUAUCAUUUAAACCAAAUCCUGCUGCUUCCCUGAUAGUUUUGAACGAAUAAGAUCUUGACUAAUGUGUGUUCAUUUGCACAGAAAAUAGGAAUUCCAUCUGGGCACUUACUCACUUUACGGUAUUCUUUCUAACGAUGAUUUAAGAAAAUUGCUUGGCUUUGUGGUUUGUCCAAAGACUAAAGAAUGCUCCCUGAGAAUAACAUCCCAGCUGAUGAAGUGGAGCUCGGUGCCUGUGUUAUGGACACUUGGCUAUAAAGUACUAGCAGCCGACUGCCAGGCAUUGAAUCUCUAUGCCGCUGUAGUCUGCAUGUUUCCAUCUUACAACAACAGAGUCCAGUCAUUCAGAGCCGCUUGUAGAGAGAAUAUUUGAAAGCUUCCAAGAGAUCAGGGCAACCGCCAGCCAGGAGCUGUGGAAUCCAGAUGCGAUAAUGAGCUCUCUUCUGUUAAUGGCCAUUCAAUGCUUCCAGCAGCGCCAUGCUGGAGAACCCAUGCCUGCUUCCCACCGACCAACAUCUUGGCUUUAUUGAGACCUGCCUCUCUGUCACUUAGGAUUCAGUGAUUUGGGAGUGUCUCCAUUAGCGCCUUCAAAGAAGCGCUUCCUAAAAAGAGGAAUUUCAUCUCUUCUGGGCCUCUUGUCCAUUAGGACAAGGGAACGCACGCUGAUCUGUAAAUAGAGCCUGUCUUACAAAGUGCUUUGUUGUCUCCAUCGCAAGAUGGAAAGAUAUGCUUUAGCAGGUGCCCUGGCCCCAGUCCCAAUCUACUCUUCCUGUUCUCUCCUCCCUCUGCCUUUUGGUUUCAGUUGGACAUGCAUUUCAUUGAGCCAGGGGACGUACCCUUUCUUUUCUGGAGGAGAUAAUCAACCCUUCCUCAUGUGGGAUUUGUGCUCCCUGGAAUUGUGCGUGUUAAGCGAAAUCCAUUUGAUGGAUAAUGUAGCUGAUGCCUGGAGAAUAAGCCUCGCUCCCAUGUGGAAGAAUCUAUAAUUUGGUGUGGUGUGGGUGGGUCGAAGGUGUGCCUGUUGGGCUUGGUACUUAUGUGGGUUUGGCUCUGUGGAAUUAUAAAGGGGCAGAGCAAUUGGAAACACACCAACCCUGUGGGACAUUCUGAAGUCCAACAUAACCCCAGAAAUCUGAAUUUAUGUACCUCUUGAAAUGAGGGAGAAUUACCCUUCAGAAAUCACUAUACAUCUUGUUUUUAUUUUUGUUUUUUGGCUAACGUGGGCAUACCCUGUGCUUUUCAUUCCAACUGUCUGUGCAGUAGGUUAUGAACAUCUCUAUGGGAAAGACUCAUUGAGAUAGAUAGUUGAGAUUCUGAUAAUAUAGGAAAUGUCUGUUAACUAGUGACAUUUUAGAAAAAAAAAAAAAAAGCAUACCACAAUUCCCACAUCCAAGUGAGUAUUGUCCCCUUCAAAGCCUCACCUUGUGGGGCAGCUAGGUGGCACAGUGGAUAGAGCACCGGCCCUGAAGUCAGGAGGACCUGAGUUCAAAUCUGGC